AAGAACUGUAUUCUCUCUCUCUCUCUCUCUCUCUCUCUCUCUCUCUUCUUCACUUUUACCUUUCCGACCAAACCCAAUCCCUUAUAUUCUUUUUAAACAGUCGUUUCUCUUCUUCUCUUCUCCAUUUCCUUCUGCUCUUGAUUUGCGGCCAUGUCUUUCCGAAUGUCAAGUGCUCCUUCUGGCAUGGGAGUGGCCGAUCAUACCAAGGCUGCUUUUAUGGAACUGAAGAGGAAGAAGGUAUACCGCUAUGUAAUAUUCAAGAUCGACGAGCAGAAAAAGGAGGUUGUGGUCGAGAAAACUGGAGGCCCAGCUGAGAGUUAUGAUGACUUCACUGCAGCUUUGCCAGAGAAUGAUUGCCGGUAUGCAGUCUACGACUUUGAUUUCGUGACUGCGGAGAACUGCCAAAAGAGCAAGAUCUUCUUCAUCGCGUGGUCUCCAUCCAUCUCCCGAAUCCGAGCCAAGAUGCUGUAUGCCACGUCCAAGGAAAGGUUCCGACGGGAGCUUGAUGGCAUCCAUUACGAGAUACAGGCCACUGAUCCCACGGAGAUGGAAUUGGAUGUGAUUAGAGACCGUGCGAACUAAGCGAGGCUCUCACAAAGAAGGAUUUCAUGUGAUCAGGAGCAGAAUUUGCACAACUAUUAGGGACUGCUUUGGGUUUGGAUUAGUAGCUGAUAAUGUGCAAUAUCUUAUUCCUCACUGGACAUAUAUGUAUUAGCAUUAAAAAUAAAUAAAUAAAUCAACAUCUGACAGAAGGCUGAUGGGAUGGCCCACUUGUUUCAGUGGGCCUCUCCACUGUUAUGAUGCUUCUACAGGUGUGGUCGGGGUUUGGUCUUUAUAUGGAA